AUGGGUCAGAGACCAGAGAACAAGGCGGCUUGGCUACCUGCCUCCAAGGUCAACCCGCUUUCGAUCAGUUCGGCCCCUUACACUGCACCGGGACACCACCAGAUUGUCGUGAAGAACAGUGCACUCGGUAUCAACUCGGUCGAUUGGGCGAAGCAGCUAAUCGGCGAAGGAUUGCUGGGCCAUAUCAGGUACCCGUUUAUCCUUGGUGAGGAUAUCGCUGGUACCGUCGUUGAAGUCGGCGAUGGUGUAGAUCGCUUCAAUGUUGGUGAUCGUGUCAUUGCUACUGCCUCGGCCAUUUCUGCCAAUGAUGCCCUUGAGGGCGGUUUCCAAUUGUACACUGUUGUUCGUGAGUGGAUGGCUGCCCGGCUGCCUGAUAGUAUUACCUUUGAGCAGGCUAGUGUGCUGCCAUUGGCUCUUUUGACAGCUUCGCAUGGCUUAUUCGACUCUGACUAUCUGGGUCUCGACUUGCCUAGUGCUCCUGCACCCCAGGAGAGCGGUGAUAAAGGUACUGUCAUUAUCACUGGAGGAUCCUCUGCUGUUGGAAGUACUGCUAUCCAGCUCGCUGUUUCUGCCGGAUACGACGUUAUCUCUACUGCAUCGCUCAAGAACUUCGAGUAUGUCAAGAAUCUCGGUGCCUCUUACGUCUUUGACUACAAGAGCGAGACUGUGGUCGAUGAUAUUAGCGCCGUGGUCAAAGGUCUUCAUCUGACCGGUGGCUAUUCAAUCGGCGACGGCUCCAUUAACUUGCUCGCCGCUGUUUUGGCUAAACACGACGGCCCAUCUACCAACAAGUUUAUUGCUCUUGCAGGUGGCCAGCUCGGUAGUGGCGCUGUUGAUCCAAGUGUUGAGGUCAAAUUUAUUCUUCUUGGCCCAGACGCGAUCGGAGCCGACUCAGUCAUCAGCAAAGUCUAUACGAACUACCUUCCCGAUGCACUUUUGAAUGGGCAGUUUGUACCCGCACCUGAGCCUGUUGUUGUGGGUAAGGGAUUGGAAAAGAUCCAGGAGGCCUUUGGUAUUCACAUGCAGGGUGUCUCGGCGAAGAAGAUUGUGGUAUCGCUGUAG